AGGUUUUUAUAAUAUCCUCUCGACAACGCUCGGGGAUGUCUCAGCCCCUCAGUUCCUGCUGUUACACAGCUCCGGUUUCUGUUCAACAAGCCCACGUAUGCGCAGCAAAGCGAGCCUAGCACACUGAAAAUGCCUCUGGCUAAAGACCUCCUCCACCCAACCAUUGACCACGAGAGAAGACAACAUAAAAAGAAAAGACUUGUUCAGACUCCUAACUCUUACUUUAUGGAUGUGAAGUGCCCAGGCUGCUACAAGAUUACCACUGUGUUCAGCCAUGCACAGACAGUGGUUCUGUGUGUGGGAUGCUCCACUGUGUUGUGCCAGCCAAAAGGAGGAAAGGCCAGACUGACAGAGGGUUGUUCUUUCAGGAGGAAGCAACAUUAAAAAGGGAUUGCACGUAAUCAUGUCUGUAAUUAAGCCAUGCUGUUGAUAAAUCCCUUAGUUUUCCAUUGAUUACAAUGUAGUUGUGCAUUCACUAAUGACAGGUUCUGUCUCUGUACAGAUGUUCAACUUUUAUGAUACAUUUAUAAACUUGACAUUUUUUAAUAUGCAACAUGCUAAAAAUCAAAUCUGAAUGAGUCAAUAAAGAAAGCUGUUAUAAAAGU